CACUUCAGCUUUAUAUUCCUCUAUCUGCGGGCUGUCACGUGGGCUUUAACGGUUACCAGGACAGCCUCGCUCGCGCACCUUGACAUGAAGAGUCAUAUUUGCAAAUUCAGAGUUAGCCACAGUGUGAACCGGCUUAGUUAGGACUAUUUUGAAUAUUUUACGCAUGCUUUGAGACAGAGAACCUGUGGAUUUGUAUCCUUACACGUGUCCAGAAGUGCGUUAUUGGCUAUUUGACCAACACUCACAAGUAGUGUGACAGUGAGCUAACCUGCGACACGCUGGAAGCUGCUAACCCGAGGAUGGAGAUACGGAGAAGCCUGUGUGAGGCUUUACGGCUCUGCUGCCGUAUCACAGGCUGCGGUGAACACGUCUAAAACAUCCAAGUAGACGCGCCUCUGUCCCGUGAAGCAUGUCAACACAGAGGUAGACACAAUGUGGAGCAAGUCUCACCUGAUUUAGCGGAGCUCGGCGGUGAGUGUGUGAGCACCGUGGCUCCUUUAUUUAGUCAUUUGUUGAACGCUGGACGGCACCCAUCCACCCAGACACCACCACACAAGGGAUGUGGGCACCCCAGAAACAGAAAACAGGGCUCUUUGAUAUCCUCUCACUGCCGCUGGUCGUGGCGGUGAUGUGCUGUGCCCAGAGCGUCAACGAACCGGGGAACAUGUCUUACGUCAAAGAGACUGUGGAUAAACUGUUGAAAGGAUAUGAUAUUCGUCUUCGGCCAGACUUUGGAGGUGCACCGGUUGCUGUUGGCAUGAGUAUAGACGUGGCAAGCAUAGACAUGGUGUCAGAAGUCAACAUGGACUACACAUUGACGAUGUACUUCCAGCAGUAUUGGAGAGAUAAGAGACUUGCCUAUGCAGGGAUCCCUCUCAACCUGACACUGGACAACAGAGUAGCAGACCAGCUCUGGGUCCCAGACACCUACUUCCUCAAUGAUAAGAAGUCCUUUGUUCACGGUGUCACAGUUAAGAACCGUAUGAUUCGACUACACCCCGACGGCACUGUUCUCUACGGCCUCAGAAUCACAACGACUGCAGCCUGCAUGAUGGAUCUGAGGAGGUACCCGCUGGACGAGCAGAACUGCACUCUGGAAAUUGAGAGUUACGGUUACACGACAGAUGAUAUAGAGUUCUACUGGAAAGGAGGAGACACUGCUGUGACCGGGGUGACUCGCAUCGAGCUCCCUCAGUUCUCCAUAGUCGACUACAAACUGGUUUCCAGGAACGUGGUCUUUUCCACAGGUGCCUACCCUCGACUGUCUCUGAGCUUCAAGCUGAAGCGAAACAUCGGAUACUUCAUCCUGCAGACGUACAUGCCCUCCAUCCUCAUCACCAUCCUAUCCUGGGUGUCGUUCUGGAUAAAUUAUGAUGCCUCGGCUGCCAGAGUUGCAUUAGGGAUCACCACUGUCCUGACCAUGACGACCAUCAACACCCAUUUAAGAGAGACGCUACCCAAGAUCCCCUAUGUCAAAGCUAUAGACAUGUACCUGAUGGGCUGCUUCGUGUUCGUCUUCCUGGCUCUGCUGGAAUAUGCCUUCGUCAACUACAUCUUCUUUGGAAGAGGCCCUCAGAUGCAGAAGAAACUGGCUGAGAAGGCACAGAAAGCAAAUAAUGACCGGGAUAAAUUUGAUGGACCCAAGUCCCUUCUGGAAGGAGGCAAUUGCAAGUCUUCGUCUGUUAAACAGUCCAAUCAGGUAGAAGGGCGUCGCCACUCACAGCGGGUCGACUCCCAGGGGAACAUUUUGCUGACAACCUUGGAGAUCCACAACGAGGUGGGAGGGAAUGAGAUCACAACCACCGUGAGCGAGACCCACAACUCCUCCUCCAUGGUGUUCGACAACUCGGGGGUCCAGUACAGGAAGCCGAGCGGGGUGCGCGAGUCCGGCCAACACAGUCUGGACAGGAACAUGCAUCUAAAGAAAACCCGUCUGCGGAGGCGAUCCUCGCAGCUCAAAAUCAAAAUCCCAGACCUCACCGAUGUGAACGCCAUCGACAGAUGGUCACGGAUAAUAUUCCCCUUCAGCUUCUCCCUCUUCAACAUCAUCUACUGGCUUUACUACGUCAAUUAAUGAUGUUUUUUUAAACCCAUUUCUGUCUCUGUGUCAUUUCUGACUUCUUUAUGUGAAGAACAUAAUAUGGUAAACCCUAUGAACUUUUUUUUAUUAUAGAGAGUGCAGACUUUGAUGACAGAACUGUCACUCAGACAGUGUCUGUCUGUAAAUGCACAAGAACUCAAAGACUUUCAUGAGGUUUUCUCUGCUUUGACCCCUUUGAAGAGCCGGGACAUUGAUCACGAGUUGAGGCACAGACUUUUUGCAGUGCUGUGUAUCAAAAUGAGUAUUUAAACUGCUUUAGGACAGUUACUACAACUGUACCUGUGAUUUCAGUUUAAGAUGUGGUCGCUGUAAUACAACUUAUUGCUAAUGACACGAUUCAUACUGUUACAGUUGUCUGUUGAUCUGCACAUGGACUUAUAUGACCAUGUUAACACAGACCAGAGUUCAUGAUCUGGAAAUGAUCAAAUGCAAUGAAACCAGACCUAAAAGCACAAUGAGUAAGAUUUUCCUAUUUUCCUAUGAAUGAUAUCUAGGGUCUGCACGGUAGUGUAGCACUCUUCCCUCACAACAAGAGGGUCGCCGGUUUGACUCUGGCCUGCGGCUCUUCUGUGUGGAGUUUGCAUGUCCAAAAAUGUCCAAAACAUGUCCAUCCCACACUCCAAAAAAAUGCAACUAGGUUUAAUUGGUGAGUUUAAAUUGCCCGUAGGAGUGAUUGUGUCUGCCCGGCGAUAGUCUGGCGACUUGUCCAGGGUGUACCUCGCCUCUUGCCCAAUGUCAGCUGGGAUUGGCUCCAGCCCCCCACGUAUAUUGAAUGAAUGAAAAAGAAUGAUAUCUAUCAUAAUAUUGCAUGUUUUCCUGUCAUUCAAUAAUAGUCAAAAACCUACUUUUGUAUACUCCAUACUACACAUUCGCUCCAGGGUGUGAAGAUUGCUAAACUUGUUGGCUAAUUAGGUUUUUUUGGGCCGGCAUUGGGAAUCUACAAUAGACAAAUCCUACUCAUUGUACCUUUAAAGAAAUUGUUCAAUC